AUGUCUACAGAAGAGAAGCAGCUCCAGGAGCUAGCGAGAUCGGUCUCGUCUGAAUCGAACGCGUCUUCGGGAAAUGUCGACGCCGCGUGGAAGUAUCUCAACGACCACCGCGAUGCUGGAAAUGACACGACCUCCGUCGACAUCAAUGCGCUCAGGCGCAAGAUCGACUGGCGUAUCGUGCCGCUGAUGUUUCUGUGUUACACCAUGCAGUUCUUGGACAAAGUCAUACUCAACUACGCUGCUGUGAUGGGAUUGCCCAAAGACUUGAAGCUGGUCGGCAAUGAGUUCUCCAACAUCGCCACCUUCCUCUUCGUCGGUCUCCUUUGCUUCGAGAUCCCCAACAUCUACUUCCUCCAGAUGGCCCCGGCCGCCAAGUGGCUAGGCUUGAACGUCAUCCUUUGGGGUGCCGCCACUGCCUGUGGUGCCGCCGCGCACAACUACCAGACCCUCCUCGUCUCGCGCGUCUUCUUGGGUAUCUUCGAGGCCACCAUCGGCCCGUCGUUGAUGCUCAUCAGCUCUCAGUGGUACACCAAGUCUGAGCAGGCUCCGCGCUUCUCCUUCUGGUACUUGUGUCUCGGCCUGGGCCAGAUCUUCGGCGGCGCCAUCUCGUACGCCUUCCAAAACAUAUCUCCCAACGCCGCCCUCGCUGGAUGGCGUAUCAUGUUCAUUGCUCUGGGCUGCAUAACCGUGACAAUCGGCAUCUGCACCAUCCUCUUUGUACCCGACACCCCCAUGCAGGCGACUUGGCUGUCCGACACGGAGAAGGUCGCUUUGUUGAAGCAUGUCAGUGUUAACCAGACUGGUAUUGAGAGCCGCAAAUUCCGCCCCGGGCACAUACUUGAGGCUUUGAUGGACCCUCAGAUGUACAUGUUGACUAUGGCCGUUGUUCUCCUUUCCGUAUCUAGCGGUGUUAUCACCACUUAUUCGGCCACUCUGAUUCGCAAUCUCGGCUUCGACCCGAAGCAUGCAGCUUUGAUGAACAUGCCCUCCGGUGUGGUCAGCAUCUUCUUUACUCUUCUCGUGGGCUAUGGUAUCCGUCACACAUCCAACCGGUGGGCAUGGAUCGUGCUUUGCAUCAUCCCAGCCAUCAUUGGUGGUGCUUUGAUGUCUUUCCUUCCUGUCAGCAACCGCUCGGGCUGCUUGGCAGGCAUAUACCUCGUGAACGCAGUUGUCGCACCUCUGACUGUUUUCUACGCUUGGACCGCUGCCAACUUUGGUGGCGCUACAAAGCGCGCUUUUGCCGCUGCCAUCAUCUCCGGCUCCUUCUCUCUGGGCAACAUCAUCGGCCCACAAACCUUCCAGGCCAAGGACGCGCCCGAGUACCGCCCGGCCAAGAUCGCCGUCAUGGGCACUCAGGCCGGUUGCGCCAUCGUCACUCUCGCCCUGUACGCCUACUACCGCUUCGAGAACAAGAGACGCGGGGUCAUCAAGCAGUCCGAGGACGCUUACAUGGCGCCGGAGGUUUGGCAGUCAAUGACAGAUAGGGAAAACAAGUCGUUCCGCUACACCUACUAA